GGACGUCGCUUGUUAGGUUAGAUCGGGGUGGGGGCGGCAUCCUGUUCAAGCGUCUCGCUGGAAGACUCAAGCGCGUCCACGAGGGGCACGCUGAAGCCUUCGCCGUGCACACGCACACCGGCCGGGGUCCGUCCAGAGACUCUGAUUAACCUGGACACCCGGCUCUUUGGACUGCAAGCGCGGACCGGGACACUCAAGAGAACAUGUGAACCAGCAGCGCUAAUCUCCACCCCGCCGGUUCAGUAGUUUCUCUGCCGCAUACGGAGCACGAAGACAACAGAUGACACACUGACACAUAGAGUAUAGCUGAAGACGCCCCCAGCCCCGAAUUUCUCAUCUGGCGCGAGUUGCAGGAGCGGGCGGACCUGCGGUCAGAGAGGAUGCCACAGCCCAGAAUCAGGUUGGUGGUGACCGGCGACGAUUUUGGGUACUGUCCGCGGAGGAACCGGGGAAUCGUCGAGUGUUUCCUGUCCGGGGCGGUUUCCAACGUUUCGCUCUUGGUCAACGCCGGCUCGGCUAAGGACGGCGCUGAGCUAGCCAGGCGGUACAGCAUUCCGAUCGGCCUCCACGCCAACCUCUCGGAGGGUCUCCCGAUCUGCGAGCAGCUCCAGAAGGGAUCCUCGCUGGUAAACCACAAGGGGUAUUUCCAUGGAAAAAUGGGCUUCCGGAAGGCUUUACGGAAUGGGCAGCUGGAUAUGGCAGAGGUGGAGCUGGAGCUCCGGGCUCAGGUCACCCUGUUCUGUGACCUGACUGGCCACCUGCCUCACCACAUGGACGGGCACCAGCAUGUCCACAUCCUGCCAGGAGUGCGGGAGGUGUUCGCCUGCGUGAUGUCCGACUGUCAGAUCCGGUUCACUCGGGUCCCACUGGAGCCUGGCCUGCAAGCCUGCUCCUGGCUUCCUCUGCACCUCAGGGACUUCUACACCCAGGUGGAGCAGGAUGCCCGGGAAUCCGUCGGCGUCUUUCUGAAGCAUGGCAUCAGGUGGCCUGAUGUCUACAUUGGCCUUACGACUAUGGGCAGAAACAUGUCAGUCGCCAGAAUUAAAACGGCCAUUUCCCAUGCCCUGGAGACGCCACCUGCCAAAGAGAACGGAAUGACGAGCCACCGGCCUGAGCUCGCACUGGUGUCCGGGGUCUCCGAGCGGGACCACGUCCUGACCAUGGAGCUGAUGGUCCACCCGGGCUAUCCCAGCCUGCCCUUGGAAGGGGGCUGCGGGGAGGGGCCGGAUGACUUCUCGCAAUCCUCCGACCGCCAGCACGAGAUGGAGACCCUGAAGGACCCCAGACUGCUGAAAUUUUACAAGGAAACAAAAAUCCAGCUUUGUGCUUUCAAAGACCUUUAAACAGCCCGGCACAUAAAUUCGUCCCUUUUGUGUUUCAGGGGGUCACUAUAGUCGGAUACUAACACUGCAGUGGAAAUCACACAAUAUGGAUGAGUAUAUAACAUUAUUUUUAGGUAGACACACAUUCUAGUGUGUUGGUUAUUGGAGACACAAUGGAACACACCUCUUGUCCUCAUUCCAGAGAAAGACUCUACCAGCAUAUUGGCCACUGAAGGGGGGCUUAAAAUUAUUUAGUUGUAUCUCAAAAGAAUGUACUUUUAUUAAUUUUAAUUUGUGUGAUGUGUAAUGUUUACCUUCUUAAAAUUAUUCAGUGCUGAUCUGCACAAAUCAGUUAUUUCAAAGCCGUGGUGAUUUAGGUUGACAGAUGUUAAAAGCACAGUUUUGUAAGACGGCUUUUGAAAAAACAUGCAAAAUAUUAACGGGAUAAAGUGCAUAAACUUGAAAUAUAUAUGAACACUACACAUCUUUAGAAGACUUAUGAAAAACUGCUAUUUUUAAAACAGAACUUCACUGAUCACACAUGAAUUCUUUCUUGCAGAUUCCUAUUUUAAACCAAGUACUGUAUUUACAUUUCUGAAAUGCCUGUUAAACUAUGUUGAGUGUUUCAUGUUGUAAUUGUGCAAUACAAAAGUGUUUUACACAAGAUUAAAGCAAGACUGCAUUAACAUUGCUUAGUAGAUCAGUUACCAGACGUGAGAAAGCACAUUUAUCCUGAUGCUGAAGGAUGUACUAUAGCGACUUUGCUCACGUUGAGUUGAACCAAAAUCUGUUUUUUUAAUAAAGGCCAUUUAUAAGGAAUUUGAAUCUAAA